UGUGAAAAGAUUGUAUUGUAGACCGAGUUUACACAGUGGGUAUAGAGCCAUGCUGAUGCCGAUCGUAACCUUAAGAGAAGAAGAAAAAAGCCCGUGGCCCCCAAUUGACGGCAUAGUCAACAGACACCAAUCUGAAACAAAAAAACUACACGACGAAGAGCAAGAAUGCAGGGCGAUAUGCAAUCAGGCAUUUAAAGACAUGGAUUCUCUGACUGCAAAA